CGAGGGCCAGAUGCAUACACAUACGUAUAAAAGAGACAAUAGAAUGGGUGGGAUCCACCCUUAAAGAUGGACAAAUGAUCCAUGACAAAAUUUCAGGCUUCUUGCCACAUAUACCUGAAGAUAUUUCAACAUGGAAGUAAAGAUAUUAUUAUUAUCUCUUCACUAAAGGCUUCUCAAGGUGUCUUGCCGCUUGCUAGUCAUUGGACAAAAACAUCUACUUCUGCUCUUUUCCUUCAAUUCUCACUGGCAGUUGCCACAGAUUACACAGUACAGUUAAGAUGAGCCAUAUUAUGGAAUCCUUCGCCACCGUCCCCCUCUCAAGGCUCGCAGUUUCUCCAACACAAGCUUGCAGGGAAACCAGAGCCUGUCCCUUCAGGCCAUGGAAGCAAAGAACUUCUCAGCCAACUCGCUUCCAUUGUCAAAAGAUGUAUGUUCCAGGGUUCGGAGAAGGAUCACCAGAAGCAAAAGCAGCGAAGCACCUCCAUAAUUUCUUCACAUACAUUGCUGUUCGAAUUGUCACUGCUCAGUUGCAGAGCUACAACCCCGAGGCAUACGAGGAGUUGAUGGAAUUCUUGGGCAGACACUCAGUGAAUGAUGGGGAUAAGUUUUGCGCCAACUUAAUGCGGGAAUCACCAAGGCAUAAAAAUCUAGCGAUGCGGAUACUUGAGGUUAGAUCUGCAUAUUGCAAGAAUGAUUUUGAGUGGGACAAUUUGAAGCGAUUAUCCCAUAAGGUGGUUAAUGAAUCUAAUACAAGACUAAUGAGGGAUUAUGUCCGAGAAACCAGCCAUGUAGAAAGUGAAAAUUAAUUAUCCUUCUGAAGCUGCCUGCGCUUGGAAGCCGUAGAAUGUAAUGGUAUAUAUUGUUGUAUCAUCAAAAGAACUCGAAUUUAAACAAGCAUGUACAACAUCAAAACCUCACUUAAUAUAUUUAAACAGGCAUGUACAACAUCAAAACCUCACUUAAUAUACUCAA